UUUAUUUAUUUAUUUUUAUACUUAUUUCUGGAUUGUAUUAUUUUUAUAUUAUUUUUGAUUGUUCUCUUUAACUUUUUGUUCUCUGCUUUAUUAUUAUUAUUAUUCUUUUUAUUUUUUACAACCUAAUGGACUUCAAUUUCAAUUUCAAUCCGCCAGACCCUAAUCUUCCCGACCAGUACAUUGCGCAUGCCAGCGACUUGCUGACACAAAUUGUAUUUUCGACCCUGCUCGGCGGCACGGCGUUCGUCGCCUUUUGCCUGCUGCGCUCCCGUUGGCCCGACGUCUAUGCCCCGCGUGCAAGGCUGCUGUUUGCGGCGCCAGCGCGGAUAGGCAAGUCGCUGCUCGGGUGGAUCUCCAUGACGCUGGACGCCAAGGACUACGACAUCAUGUACAGCGUCGGCCUCGACGCACUGCUCGUCCUGCGGCUGUUCAAGAUGCUCGGCGCGCUGUCAGCUACAGCAUCGCUGAUAGGUCUGUUGGUCCUAGUUCCGCUCAAAGUGAUCUUGGAUCCUCAGCAGCAGCCCAAGGACGGCAGUGGCAGUGAUUCAGGAAGGUCGCUUUACGAGUCCAUCACGACGGCGGCUAUGGGCUCCGAGCGGCCGCUCAUAGUGCACUUUGCAUUCGCCUACGUAUUCACAGCCCUUGUGUACUAUUACUUUUCGCGGUUCGCGUACCAGGCCAUAUCGCUGCGGUGGCAUUACUUGCUACGAGUGCGCAACACGCGGCCGGCAAAGUCCGUCAUGGUCACGGGCAUCCCGACAGAACUCGCGGCCGAGCACGAGCUCAAAGAUCAUUUUGAGCGCAGCGGCUGCGGCCAGGUCGUAUCCGUCGAGAUAGUGCCGCGCAUCGAGCGGCUGGGCGAGAUUGUGCGCCGCCGGGCCGGGCUCCUGCAGCUGAUCGAGGAGAAAAUCACGUUGAUUCUGGGGAAUCCUUGCACGGCCAUUGGCUACGACCGCGACCGGCUGCAGGACCUGCUCAACGCGCAUCACACGGAUGAUCACUACGCCGAGGCAUGGCAGCUUCUGCGCCAAUGGUCGAUGCCGCGCUACAGGCCGCCAAAGGGCGCUCGCAAGCUAGACGCGCUCGUCAUGGAGCUCGAGUAUCUGCUGCGGCGCUUCCACCACGCCGACGGCGUCAUCGGGCAGGUACGCCGCGAGUGGUUUGCCUCGUACGAUGGCAGGCGCGAUCGCAGCUCGACAGUCGGCUUUGUCACUUUCGCCAACGCCUCUUCGGCGCACCUUGCGGCGCAGUCAUUCACGUACGCCCAGCCGUUCAAGCUGCGCACCGAGCUGGCGCCCGAGGCGCGCGAUGUGUUCUGGGAGAACGUUGCGCUGCCGCUCAUCGACGCGCUGAAGGAGUACUUCCCGAGACUGCCCGAGUUUGUAGACAAGAACAAGUGGCUCAAGGGCUUGUUCAGGUUCACAACGCCGACGUUCAUGCUGUCGCUGAUGAACGCCUGCGUGCCGUUUUUCCUGAGCUGGAUCGCGCGGGUGUCGGGCAUCCAGAGCCGGUCGGGCAUUCAAAAAUCUGUGCUCAAGCGGUACUUUCUCUUUCUCAUUGUCAACGUCCUCCUGAUAUUCACUGUCUCGCGGACCAUCCUGACGGACUACGACAAGUGGAUUGAGAACCCGGCGCGCAUCCCCAAGCUCUUUGCCACCAGCCUGCCGACCGCCGCGCCGUUCUUUAUGGACUACAUUAUUCUGUACGGCCUCGGCUACUACCCAAUCCAGCUGCUGCAGCUGGGCUCGAUUUCGCUAGCUGUCUUCCGCCGCAUGGUGUGCCGCACGCCGCGGCAGUUCGCCGACGCCCUGCGGCCCAACUACAUCGACUGGUCGUUUAUUCUGCCGCAGCCCAUGCUUGUAUUCGUCAUUAUGGCCACGUACUCGUCCCUGGCGCCGUUUAUCUUUGUCCUGGCCUUCCUGUACUACGGCAUCGCCUACGUGGUGACCAAAUACCUGGUGUACUACGUGUAUGCGAGGCAGUUUGAGACCGCCGGCGAGUUCAUCAUCCCGGUGCUCAAGUUGCUGACAGGCAGCCUGUGGCAUUAUUACUGCUUGAUUAUCGGACUGUGCGCACUGAAGGGCGCUGUCGGGUACAUGCUGAUGCUCUUCCCGUUGCUCUGGAUUAACAGGUACUUGCUGUCUGACGUGUCGCGUCAGUUCUAUGAGAACGCCAAGUUCUUGCCGCUGGAUCUCUGGAGUGUACAGGGCACAAAGUGCAAUGGCUACCCCGCUGCCGCCACUGCCACCGCCGCCACGCUUGAGGAGGAGGAGGAGGAGGAAGGUGGUUUCCUCGAGUCGCAAGACACCAAUGUGCAUGAGAGCCAUGCAACAUCCACAGACUACUUGCUUCCGCGCGCCCACGUGCCUUCGCCCUUUGGCCAGCUUCUGGAUGCCAUUGACUCGGAGUCGCGCGGAUCCGCCACCCGGCUCUGGGAGUACCUCCAUACGCGACUGCAGCGGCUCUGGACAGUGGUUUUCAGCAAAAUAUACAUUGACCCACAAGCCGCGCCCGAAAUAUUCCGCGACCUCGACCGCUCCUACAGCAUAAACAUCCCCAUGUCCUUGGAAUCUGAACCCCUAUCCGGCACUCUAUCUCGUGCGAGAUCAUUUACUGCAAUAUUGCCCUCGCUUCAUCCGAGGUUUAGCACGACGUUUGAGGACAAUGGUGGUGAUUUUUUGCGCAAUAUGCGUGCCGAGUUGAUGCUUGUUUACGGAUUUGAACAGUCGCCGAUUUCACUGCUUGACGGCGUGCUUGACCAGGGGUUGGCUGUUUACGAGCAUCCCUAUCUUAUUGGGCAUUUGCCCACCCUGUGGCUGCCGAUGAAGAGGCAGGAGAAUAUUUUGAAUGAGUGAGCUUCCACCAAUACAUUGUCGAGCUUUCUGUUACUGUACAUUGAAAUUGUUCCGUUCCGUUCUGUUCUGUUUAUUAUGUUUUUUAUUUUAUAUUUUUUGCACUAAUAAAAUUUAUUUAUCCUGCGUGGUUGAAUUCAAAUUUAUAUUCA